AUGCUUCCGAUCAUGAGAAACUCCCGUCGUUUGCCCAUUUUUGGCAAGAACUUGGGCCUUGUAGCUCAUAGACCACUCCUGCUUAAACCUGAUUGGUCCAAAUUCAAGAAGAUCGAACAACCUCCAGGACAUGUGGUUGGAAACGUGAAUGAAGCAUAUAGAAUCCCAUUGGUUAGCCCAUAUGAAAGUAAUUACCACUGGACAUACGAGCGUAUGAUUGCCUUGGGCCUUCUACCCAUGACAGCAGUGCCAUUCGUUUAUGGUGUGGAGUUCCCAUACUUGGAUGCCGCAUUUUGCUUGACGCUUCUUUUCCAUGUGCAUUCAGGUUUCAAGUCAUGCAUCAUUGAUUACAUUCCUGAGCGAGUGUAUGGAUUCUGGCAUCGCGCAGCCUGCAAAUUGUUGUCGUUGGGAUCGUUUGUGUCGAUGUAUGGUAUCUAUCUCAUAGAGACCAACGAGAACGGACUUUUCGAGCUCAUUUCCAGAAUAUGGGGUGCUUGA